CUUGAACUCUCCUGCUCCGUUUCUUGCUCGAGUCGAACGCUCCCAUAGACAUUAUCAUACACUACCCUCGUACCUUUCUUGCUAUAAACCAAGAUAAAAGCGAUCCCCCACCCCGCUCCCUCUAGAUAUGACAGCCGUCCCGAACCCCGUCUUCAAAUUUAACCGUGAGAUGCAUACAAUCAGGGUGGAAAACAUCGCAGAAUCGGCCAGCGUGCAAGACAUCGUCGACUUGUUCACUACUCUGAUUGGCGAGGUGCGCAAGUGCGAGGAACUCAAGGACGGCAGCCGCCGGGUCCUCGGGCUAACGUUCUUGACUCAUGACGCCACCAAGAAAGCCUUGUGCAUGUCGGGCUAUACGGUUGCCGGUGUCCCGUUGACUGUCACUGCCGUGUCUCACAGUGAAGCGAAGAACAAUGCCAAACAAGGCAAGCAAUCGGAUGCCCGCCGCAACCUUUACGUGCUAGGACUACCCUUUGAACUCACCAAAUCUGAGUUCGUUGAGAUAUUUUCUCGCUACGGAACGGUGUCUCAUGCCGUCAUACUCGCUACUGUGGACAACGCUUCCCGUCGCCGUGGUUUCGUCGUAAUGAGUACCUUUAGCGAGGCUAGAGCCGCUAUGGAUGGGUUGAGUCGCAAGGAGAUCAAGGGGCACACCAUUGACGUCUCUUGGGCGGUCGUCCAACGCUCUCAAGGCUUCCUGGAUGGCGGGGACCGUACAACUGCGCUGGGCCAGUCGCCGCCGUCUACGCCGUCUCCCUACGAGUUCCGGGUCCCUGAAUCUAGCCCCACCUCAGCUCAAUGUUCCCUGCGCUCGACACCUGUGCCCGAACAAGGUCCUAUGAAUAUGCUGUCUGUCCAGCCAGCGUCUCUCCUGGUCUCCAAUCUUCCUGCGGUGCUCUUCUCUGAGAUGGCUGACUUGUACCCCCUCUUUUGUCCGUUUGGGGAGAUCAAGAAUCUGGAGAUCCUGGACUCUAGUGUCGCUGCUCUGGAUCGGGGCGACAUCUCUGUUCGCGUCGAAUACGAGACUCUUGCGCAGGCCGAGGACGCUUACAGCGCUCUGCAAGGUCAAAUGUACUCAAGCAAGCCUGUCAAGGUCGAGUUCACGCACAAGCCCACUGUCGAUUUCCCUCUCUUUGCUGGCAAAGAUCUCAAGGCUAGACUGAACCCUAAUGCUGCGCCGUUCGUUGCUCCUGCUGGUAUGCCGCACGACACCCUCUUUGCCCCCGUAGCCUCGCUCUGCGCUAGGCCUGACCAAGACCGUAUUGCUACUGCGCUCCCCAACGGACUGCUUGCUGUCAACCCUUACGCUCUCUCUCAAUACGCGACGCCUCCCUCUUUGUAUACGCAGCUGUACGUUCCCGUCGCCGGGACUGUUAGGCCAAGCUCUGCUCCUUCCUGGUCGGAGCCGACCCCUGAUCGUCGUCCCGGGCACUGGGCUUUCGCUCAACUGGACCGUCUGUCCAAUAUGUCCACUCCUUCGCUUGGACAGACCUUCACCUAGAACGUCGAUGCUGCGCUACUUCUGACAGUCCCCUUUCUGCUCUACUGUCCGGAACCUCAAAAAUACCACACCGUUUAAUCUGGAGCUCCCCUCUUUCGUUCGCCUGGCUACCUUACUUCCUUACUUCCUCCUUUCCGUAAUGACUUCUCUGCUUCGUGCCUACCUGUGGAUACUUGCGGUUUCAAAGGUUUUCUGGGUGUUGUCGCCGGGGCUGCGAUGUGCUUCUUCAGAUGCUUCGCGUCCGUGUUCGGUCUCUCCUUUGGGCCUCCCCUUCACUUGUUACUUUCGUUCAUUCAUGCAGACUUUCUGGACUUUGUAAUGGCUCGUUAUGGAAACCAAUUGUUGAG